ACAGCAGUCCGGCUGAGAAGAUAAGACCAACUUCAUUCGGGGUGAAGGCCAACCAUUCCCACCAAGGACGACAAUGGUCAACCGUCUAGGCAACGAUGCGGGCUCGUCCAUGGGCGACGGGGGCGCUGUUCCCUGCAACGCCCACCAGCACGGCUUGCAACCUAGCAAUGAUCCUUUCAUCCUGUCUGAUCUGGACUUGACUAUGCCCGACACGCUGGUGACACCGUUGUUGAUCUACGAAUUGCCAUCGCAUUGCGAUGUGCGGCUGCUCGUGUCGGCAUUCCAGAACGGAUUGAACGAAGCCGUCCAGCACCUUCCAUCCCUCGCAGCGACCAUCUCCUUCGACCGCGGCAAGAAGCCAUUGCAGCGAAUGACAGGCCGGAAUUUGACUCUUGCCGUGCGUGUGUUUGAGACUGGUCAACACAAAUCGUACCAGGAGCUCGCCGACCGUUCCUUUUUCCCGGGCGAGUUUGAUCGCCGGCUGCUGCUGCCCGAGAGCGCGGACCAGGAUACAGAGGAAAAGCCGCUGUGCAUUCCACAGUUGAACGUCAUUCCCGGGGGAGUCAUCAUGGCGAUAGGGUUUAACCAUGUUCCCCUGGACAUGGCAUCGAUGGAUCUUGCCAUCUCGCUGAUCUGCCGGUGCACCAAAGCGUCGGUGGAGAACGCUGAGACGACAGCCCCUAUCCCAUUCGACUAUGACCGGCGUCCCUUUGCGGCAUCACAGCGGCUGGUAUCUCUUUCCCGGCAGGCCCUGUUGACCGAGGUGCCCGACUACACCGUGCUCGAUGCCGGUGCGGCCACCACCAAAGGCAGCAGCAACAGCAACAACAGUACCAAGGUCCUCGAGAGCGGCGGUACUGUCCUUCAAGGCGUCGUCUAUCGAAUCGAGGGGUCCACAGCUCAGAGAUUGAAGAUUUCCUGCACCCCUUUGGAUGGCGUGGCCUAUGUCUCGACCUACGACUGCCUUGUCGGCCUGCUAUGGAGAAGCGUAAUGCGCAUACGCACCGCGCGCAACCCGAGUCUGCAGGACUUUUCCUCGCGAUUCCUGCACCCGGUGGACCUGCGCAGCAGGCCCGGGUCGGGAAUUCCCAAGAACUACUUCGGAAACGCAGUUUCCGUGGCCAGCGCAGGGCCGGUGCCCGUGAGAGAGCUGAUCGGGCCGCGAGGCCUCUCGGUGGCUGCCUCCCAAAUCCGACAAUCAGUGGAGAGCACUAGUCGAGCCUCUAACGCCGCCGUCACGGCGCUGGGCGCCACCAUGGGGCCCACGGAGAAGCUGCAAUACCGUCCGCCGGGGCUUCUGCAGGAGAAUUUUCUGGUCACCAGCUGGGGCGGGGCUAAUCCCACGACUUGGGACUUUGGCAUCGGCCCCCCUCGCAGUGUCCGAACCUGGAUGCUGCCUAUGCCAGGCUGCGCCAUAAUAUUCCCCGACAGUGGUCGGCGUCAACGGGGCAGUGAGCGGGUUUACGAACUGUUUGUUAUUCUCCCCGAGGCGGAACAGGAGUUAUUGAGCCGUGAUGAGGAAAUGCGAGCAUGGUUUCAAGUUGCAUGAAAGGUCUGAAUUGUGCACUAGUUUCUCCCAGAAUAUUGUAAAUUCUCGGCAGUCAACCUGCUGCCCCGAUGGUUGUCAAAAUGUGUGUAUUCUGACUACGUACAUGAUUGUUAUCUGCUAUGGUGGUGGUGAGGAGAUUCAAUGCAUCGCGGGUUUCCUGUAGCACGUGACUGGCUGACCAAAGCGGCCUUCCAAACGCC